AUGAACUUCCCAGAAGUAGAAAAGGGUGACAAGCAAAUAAAGUAAGCCAAUCUAUAGACGAAUUAAAUCAAAAAGAGGAAACCUAUUGAUUCAGAUACCAAAGCAAAUCUGGUAUAUAGUGUAGUUAAAGAUCGUUUACCCAUUUAUUAAGCAGCCAUCAUUCACAAAGUUAAAUAUUCAUCUGCUAAACAUAUAUUAAGGAAUUACUACAGUGACACUACUAAUUAUUUAACUGCCCAAAAAAAGAGAAGGAAGAAGAUAAUUUGGGAUGGAGCCACAAUCUUAGUCAAUACUAAUACUGGAAAUAUCAUAAUGUAUUCAUAAUAAAAUUAAACAAUCCAAUGUUUGAACAAUGAUGUCAAUGCUUAGCUUAAAUAAAUAGUCCUUGACAAUCUCAGUUUAUGUAUUAAGUAAGAACACUCUGGUAUCAAGACUUAAAACUUACAAACGAAAUAAAAUUUUAAAACCAUAAAAUAAGAUAUUAAAACAGAAAAAAUAGAAGACAAACUAUUGUCUCUUUUGAGGACACUUAAAAAUUAACACUAAGAAAUGAUAUCAUGAUAUCUAUUUAAUAUCUUUAUUAUAUAUGUUUGAUUUAAUAUUUUAGAAUCUCA